GUUAAUAAACGCUUACGGCCGCUUACUUUCUACCUAUUUUUGUCCUUGAAAACAAACUGACAGCGAUUCGUCGCUAAAUUGUUUAGUUAUUGGAGUGUCUACACUGUCUUUUCGGUUCACUUAUUGACACUAAAAAUUCAAUAGAAGUAUUUGUCGUUUUAAACCCGCACACACAUACGAUUUAAGGAUCAAUUUAAUACUUAAUUUAAAGGUCAUUCCGCACAGCGCCAGCGGCCUGAAUUGACUUGAAAAAAUGGACCAUUUAUACUUUUACACGGUGUUAUUUUUCACCGCAGUAUUAUUCGCGAAUUCCCAGGAUCCAAGGAUAUCUAGUAAAUUGGGAGAAAUUGUUGGGAAAAUUAAAAGUGUGCCUAUCGAAGGAUUACCCUACCAAAAUGUACACGAGUACCUCGGCAUUCCCUUUGCCAAACCACCAGUUGGAGAACUGAGAUUUCGCAAACCAGAACCUAUGACGUCAUUGCCUUCGCCAUUUUAUGCGCAGAGUCAUGGCGCAAUAUGUCCGCAGAUAACGAUGACUCCAGUGGAUGUUGAAGCCGAGCAGAGUGAAGAUUGUUUGUUUCUUAAUGUAUAUGUACCAGACCGACCAGCUGAUAAGCCCACCGGUCAUGCAGUAAUGGUAUGGAUAUAUGGUGGUGGGUUUGUAGAAGGAGCUUCGAACUUCUACGAUUGUUCUACUUUAUCUAUUGCAGGAAAUAUAAUUGUAGUCACGAUUAACUACAGGCUUAAUGUAUUUGGGUUCCUCAAUACUGGUGAUGAAAAUGCUCGUGGAAACUUUGGUCUCUGGGACCAACAUUCGGCUUUACAAUGGGUCCAUGAUAACAUUGGGGACUUCGGUGGAGAUAACCAACGAGUAACAAUUGCUGGUGAAUCUGCCGGUGCUAUGAGCGUAAUGACACAGGCAAUUACUCCAGGUAAUCGAGGACUUUUCCAAAGAGCUAUUGCACAAAGUGGAAGCAUGUCCAUGCCCGUUUUGGAUUUCGAGAGAGACGGAUUGAAAGAUACUAUAACCUUAGCUGGCAGCUUAGGAUGUGAAACCGACUCAAUGGUUGACUUAAUGCGCUGUUUAAGAGAGAAAAGUGUUGAUGAAUAUUUAACAGCAGUAUACUCACUUUUAUCCAAUGUAUCUUAUAGUCCAGUACUGGAUAACGAUUUCAUCAAAGUAAAUCCUCGGUACAUUGCAAAGAUGUCAGAAAUUCGCAGUUUAGAUGAAAUUGAAUUUUUCCGCUCAGUUGAUAUUUUGAGCGGUUUCAAUGCCUUUGAAGGCGCUUUGUUUUUGCCCUUUAUUAUGGAUCCCACCAAAAUAGAAAAUAUGCAGCCCACACGCCAAGAAAUGAAGAGACAGUACUUGCCUGCCGCGAUGAAUAUGCUCUAUCGAACAGGGUUUGCAGACGAAAUUAUGAACCUCGUAGAAGCUCAUUACACAAAUUGGUCGAAUCCUGAUGACUUUCACUCCAUUCGGUUACAGAUCACCAAAUUGCUAGGGGAUGCUAGUUUUGGUGUACCGGCUGUAGAAAUGGCUCGCCUUCAUAAGAUAUCGUCUGCUUCCAGAAACUUCAUGUAUCACUUCGCGCCAAAACCAUCUGUCAGACUGUUACCUACUCCAACCUGGAUACCUGGGUCAAAUCAUGCCGAUGAGAUUGGGUUUAUUUUUGGGUCACCCAACCUCGGUGUCGGUGACGGGAAUGCCUGGGAAACAGACCUUAUCAUAAAAAUGAUAACGUACUGGACAAACUUCAUCAAAUCUGGUGAUCCAAACUCACCAGAGUCUGUUACACCAUCCUGGCCUGAAUACAGCAUAGACAACGGAGAUUAUCUGGUGCUGGACAAAUCCAUGUCUGAUGAAUCUGCCAAACAACAUUUCUAUGCGGAAGAGGCAAACUUCUGGCUGGAAAUAUUUCCGGAUCUUGUCGAAGCUGUACAAGGGGACGGCAAGGGAGGUUGUGGGGACGGAACUUUCACAAGUUCUGCUCCUAAUGUUCCUGUUUAUGGUUCAGUUUCAUUCAUAACGGCGGUGAUUCUAACUUUUGUUUCCUUCUUUUAGUUUUGACCAAAGGGAUAAAGAAAAUGAUUAUCAGUUUAUUUUACUAGGCCUUGGAGCAGCAUGAUUUUUUUUUGUGUUUUAUUCUUUCAUUGUAACAAACUUCAAGAUUUUGUGUGCCUUACCGACAUGAAAUGCAAUGCAAAUUUCAAAAUGUAACAUUAAGUGAUAUGCAAUUUAAACGUUGAAAAAAUUCGUGUGUGUACUUCUUAUGGAGCAAAAUGCGUAUGGCAUUGAUACUGGAAUGUUUUGAUUUAAGCUUAACUUGCAUUUAUGACCUUUCUGGACACGGACAAAAAGCGAUCACCAAGCUCCUGUCGUAAGGCUCGGUUUGUUAAAAUCUAUUAACACUGUGAUUUGUUUGAUAAAUGGUAUUUAUUGCAUGAAAAAUACCAAAAAAAGAUGAGAACAUAUUUCUAACCAAAAUGGCAUACAGAAAAUUCAAUUUAUAUAAGAGAAAUGUUCUAUUUUCUAAAACAAACACACAUUUUAUUUAAACAAAACACUCUUCAAACACAACAAUAUCGUUACUGAAUGUGAGGGUAUUCGGAUGAACGGCUAGCAAAACAUGUACCGGUUAUGUCAAUAUUUGAUUUCUUUAUACAACGUUCUAGUUAUUGAAGUUGUAUAUUACAUGUACAUCGUAUAAGCUGCUUGUAAUAAAUCAAUACUCUAAGAUUAAUACAUUGCUAUAA